AUGGGCCCGGGACAGAAAAGCAACAGAGACGGGAGGGAGGACGAUCCCUGUGACCCUGUCCCUGACAUCCGGGCGCGGGUGCCCGCAGCGCCCGCGGAGCCGCUUCCCGAGGAGCGAGCGGGAGCCUCGGGGCCUGCGGGACGGGCCCCCCGCACCCCGCUGCUCCCUCGUCCCUGCGGCCCUCGCUGCCCCCCUGGCCGAGCCCCAGCCCCUGCCCGCGGCGCCUUCCCCGGCGCCUGCUACGCCAAGAGCUACGUGGAGAUGGGCCCGGCCAAGGAGCCCGGGCUGGACAAGAAAGAGCUGUGCUCGCUGCAGAGGAGCCUUGAGCAGGAGAAGAGCGAGCUGGACGAUGCCGAGCGGCCCAGGCAGAGGAAGAGGAGGAAACCGCGCGUGCUCUUCUCUCAAGCGCAGGUCUACGAACUGGAGAGGAGGUUCAAGCAGCAGAAGUACCUCUCGGCCCCCGAGAGAGACCACCUGGCAAACGUCCUAAAGCUCACCUCGACGCAGGUGAAAAUUUGGUUCCAGAACAGAAGGUACAAGUGCAAAAGGCAGCGGCAGGACCAGACGCUGGAGCUGGUGGGGAUGCCGCCGCCGCGGCGCAUAGCGGUGCCCGUGCUGGUGCGCGACGGGAAGCCCUGCCUGGGGGACGCCUCCGCCUACAGCUCGCCCUACAACGUGAGCAUCAGCCCCUACAGCUACAACGCCUACCCUGCCUACCCCAGCUACAACAGCCCUGCCUGCAACGGCAACUACAACUGCAGCUACCCGUCCGUGCAGGGCGUGCAGCCCGCGCCGGCCGCCAACGGCUUCUCACCCACAUGCCGCUUGCGGACGCUGCUCGUCCCAGCGAAGCUUUUCCUGACGAUGCGGACGGCGCGCGAGGGCUACGGUGCACAGUUACCUGCACAGCUGGCAAAAUGGCAAAUUGUGGCUAUAGACAAGAUGGGAAAGGAAUACUACAAGGAUGAGCUAAUCCACCAGAGGCAGCGUCAUCGCUCCUCUCCAGAUAUAUCAGUGGGAACCUAG